UCUUCAGAAGAGGAGAGAGGGAGAGGACCAGAAGACAGGAAUCAGACGCGCAGACACAUUCUGUCUCUCUCUGUAGUUGUUCUUCUUCUCUGGUGUUUUCUUUUCUUCAUCAUGUUGGACACGCUCACCUUCCUCCUGGAGAAGCUCUUCCUCCUCGCUCAGCUCCAUCUGUCCAGCCUGCUGCCUCCAGGCGGCUCAGAGCGCGCAGAGAAGCCGCUCAUCAGGCGCUCUGAGCGGGAUGAAGCUCCUCCGCAGCCCGCUGGAGCCGGACCCGGAGCUGGAGCAGCUGGACCUGGAGCUGGAUCUCCUCCUGUCCGGUUCCAGCGCGGAGACCUGCUGGAGGUCCCGCGGACGCUCUUCACCCACUUCGGCAUCUACCUGGGCGAGGACCGGGUGGCUCACCUGAUCCCGGACUUUCUCCCGCUGCUGCUGCCCGGAGACAGCCAGCAGGUCCAGCAGAUGGUGACCAACACCCGGCUGCUGCUCGGGGUGCUCUCCAAGAGAGCCUCCAUCCGGGUGGACUCCGUGGAGGACUUCGCGUACGGAGCCGGGAUCCUGUUGAACUCCAUGGACCGGACAGUGGACCGGACCAUGGACCGGACCAUGGACCUGGACCUGGACCAGGACCGGGUGGUGGACCGGAGCUGCAGCCCGCUGCCCGGAGAGGAGGUGGCCCGGCGUGCGGAGCUGCUGGUCGGUUCUGUGAACUACAGCCUGCUGUGGAACAACUGCGAGCACUUCGUCACCUUCUGCCGCUACGGAACCGCUCAGAGUCUGCAGACCGACCAGUUCUGUGAGUGGCUGAAGUCGCUGAUCCGGGACCAGCGUAACGUCGUCCUGACGGCGCUGCUGGGACUUCUGUCCAUGGCGUGUUUGGGGAUCUCCUGCAGCACCGCCUUGCCUUCCCUCCUCAUCCCCUUCACCCUGUGGAUGGCCUGCUAGAAGCUGCAGGACGACACUCAUUCACCGCCGGCCGGCUAACUGCGGGCUGAGUCGCCAUGUUGGACGACUGACAAACAGGAAGUAGUUGACUGUCCUCCCACGUUUUAUUGCUGAUGACUCAAUAGGGACUGCUGCACCAUCCGGACGUGAUUUCCUGUUUGAUGAGAGUGAGCAGAAGAAGAAGAAGAAGAGGGUAGUUAACAGGCUGCUUCUCAACAGACGACCUUCAAACCGCUGAAUGCUCCGACUUUAAACUUUGACCAAAGAGGCUCUUGUGUAAAUAUCUGUAGAUAUCCUUCUCGACCUGAUUGUUUCCAACAGUCACAAACUUUUGUACAGAAUUUAUUUUUUAAGACGCUGUAACACUUUAUACGUGUUUUCUAUGUGAAUAAAGGGAGUGGACUCAG